ACACGCACCGCGACGACGCGCCUCCGAGGCGUCCCGUCCGAUCAGCUGUUCGCCUGUUGGCCCGUCCGCCGUGCGCCGCGCGCUGCCAGGCGCGACAUGCGGCAAGACCACGACGCCCGGCCCGCGGACCGCGGCCACGACUCCAGCGCCUCCAAGUGCAGUGUUGACAGUGUGGUGGGUCACCAAGUGCAGUAUUGACAGAGUGGUGGAUCAUCAAGUGCAGUGUUGACAGUGUGGUGGAUCAUCAAGUGCAGUGCGAUAUUUGACAGUGGGGUGGGUCAUCAAGUGCAAUGUUGACAGUGUGGUGGAUCAUCAAGUGCAGUGCAGUAUUUGGCAGUGGGGUGGGUGAGCGAGUGCAGUGUUGACAGUGGGGUGGAUCAUCAAGUGCAGUGCAGUAUUUGACAGUGUGGUGGGUCAUGAAGUGCAAUGUUGACAGUGGGGUGGGUCAUCCAGUGGAGUGUUGACAGUGGGGUGGAUCAUCAACUGCAGUGCAAUAUUUGACAGUGUGGUGGGUCAUCAAAUGCAGUGCAGUGUCGACAGUGGGGUGGGUCAUCAAGUGCAGUGUUGACAGUGUGGUGGGUCACCAUCAGCAUGGCUCCGCGGUGGCUGGAGGCAGGCGCGGGGAGCCUGGAGGCUGGUGCCUCGGGUGUGGUGGACGGUGACCGCAGCCUGGAGACCGGGGCCCCGAGUGUGGUGGACGUUGGCCGUCACCCGAAGAAGCACGCGAGCCCCUCGAGGACGCGCGGCCGUGGAGACACACAAUGCCCAGGAAAGGCAGGGCGUCGCGGACGAGCCGCGGCGUGCAGUCCUUCAAGGAGAGCAGUCUGGACGACGACAGCUGGAGGGAAGGGAACUGCCGGGAGAUGCCGUGCGACUUUGAGUUGGGCUGCGAGAACCAUGUCGGUCAGAUGCACCACCGCUGCAUAUGCCCGCACGACGCCAAGCCCGCGCGGCAGAACAAGGAGUGCAGCCGGAGGACCGUGCCGCUGGACCACCGCGCGCCGCCCAUCAACGUGCUGCCGGUAGGCGCGACGCCGGGCACCAAGGCGACCACCUCGAGGAGCGGCGCCUCGCCGCCGUCCACCGUGCCGCCGCACUUGUUGGCGGACCGAGUCCACGACGCGGACCUCGGCGGCCACGGCCUGGGCCACGGCCUCGGACACGGCGGCGGCCCCGUCACGGCCGUCAGGGGCUCCAGCGCCAACCAGCUGCUCACCUUUGCGGGCUUCACCAUGUUCGGCGUCGCCGUCGUCCUGGCCAUCAUCGUGGUGGUGUGCGUCCGCAGCCGCUACACUCGCAGCAGGAAGAACCAGACGCCGCGCAGCCUGAGCAAGGGCCCGCUGGGCUCGGAGCUGUUCCUGCCCAACCCGCAGUACUCCGUGGGCCUGACGUCGCUGGGCGACGCGGCGCUCGCGGCGCACGGCCAGCAGCCCGUGGUGCCGCUCAUCGCCCGGCACGCGCUCACACUGCACGAGAACAUCGGCGAGGGCUGCUUCGGCAAGGUGUUCAGAGGCGAGCUGAAGAGCGCGGACUGCCCCGUGACGGUGGCCGUGAAGGUGCUCAAGGAGAGCGCCACCCGCGAGGCCGAGGAGGACUUCAUGCGCGAGGUGGAGGUGAUGAGCGCCUUCCAGCACCCGCACAUCCUGCGGCUCAUCGGCGUCUUGCCCAGAGAGCCGCAGUCCGCGCCCUGCAUGGUGUUCGAGUUCAUGCCGUUCGGCGACCUCACGGAAGUGCUUCGCUGCUCCAGCAAGAGUCCGUGGAUGCCGCCGAGGCCCGGACUGCCGCCCCUGUCUCAGGAGGCGCUGCUGGGCGUGGCGCUGCAGAUCGCGCUGGGGAUGCGGUACCUCGCCAACCAGCGGUUCGUGCACCGCGACCUGGCCUGCCGGAACUGCCUGGUGGGCCACAACCUCACCGUCAAGAUAGCGGACUUCGGCAUGAGCAGGGACGUCUACACGUGCGACUACUACAAGAUGGGCGGCACCCGCGCGCUGCCCGUGCGCUGGAUGUCCCCCGAGGCGCUGCUGUACGGCCGCUUCACGCUCGAGUCGGACGUGUGGAGCUUCGGUGUCGUCCUCUGGGAGGUGUUCACCAGGGGCAAGCUGCCCUACUACGGCCACGCCAACGAUGAGGCGCUGGAGCUGGUGCUGCGCGGCGUGCUGCUGCAGCUGCCGGACGACCCGGACUGCCCGCCGGCCGUGCUGGACCUGAUGCGGUGCUGCUGGCGCACGGAGCCGCGCGACCGGCUGCGCUUCCCCGAGGUGUGCUCGCGCCUGGAGGAGGCGCUGGAGGCGUCGCUGCGCGAGAUGCGCCUCGAGUCGGACGCGCUGGACGCGGAGCUGCCGCGGCCGCCGGGCUUCCCGGCAGUGUACCCGGACCUGGGCAUGGACCUCGGCAUGGACCUGGCGCUGCCCGCCCUCCCCGACGACCUGCUGCUGCUGCCGUCGUCGGCCGCCGCCUGCCCCAGGGACCGCAGGGACGCCGGCCGGCCCGACGGCUGCGAGGAGCUGCAGCUCGACCCCGAGAACUACCUGCUGCCCAGGGUGCCGGACCCGGAGCGCGUCGAGUACAUGGAGCCCAUCGCGGACUAGGCGGGCCAGUGCGUCACGCUCACCAAGUCAAUUGCUUUACUGUCCCUUUAAAAAGAGGGACUGGGGAGGUCACAGGGGCGGAUCCAGAGACGCGUUCAGUGGGGGAAGGGGGACGAGGCAAGUUGCCGCCCACUUACAGGGGGAGAAAUAGUGUGACUUUUUGCCUACCUGUCUGGGGCUUUGCCGGCUCGCGACGCUUGAACUUGAGAGGCUAGACCACAACUGAUCCUUUGCCGUUCGGGCCCGGUAACUGCCAUGCUUGCAUUGCACAACAUGACACACCGUCCGUACAAAGAGCAGGAACCUUCCCCGUCACCUCCCCGUGGAUCCGCGCCUGGAUACAACACUGCCGGACUGUCGCUUUGUUGUGGAGUGCGGUCGUCCUAGUCUCACACGAAGUCGUGACCACAGUCUUUUCUUAGAAACAACUGUAAAAAAAAAUUUUUUUCUCGAAAAAAGAAAAUGGGGAAAGGUAUGACAAUGAUUUUCUUUUCUCAGGGUUACAGCUGUAUAUUUAUUUUAAUUUUUGACUGAGGGUAGGAACCCUGUACAUACUGAAAUUGAGCAUGCCAUCAUGUAAAAAAGAUGACUUUGUAACAUUGUGCAUAUUUUUGCAACUUAUAAUUAUUUUAAUGUCUUCUCCUAAGACUUACAAAACUGUACCUGAUACACAAUAUGCAAAAUGUGGAGGAUGUGUCAAUAUAUCAUUAAGUAAUUUUAUGUCAUAAGAGGCUGCAAAGGCCAUUCUUGAAACAGGGUCACAUCAUUGGCCAAACCAAAAUGUAAAUAUAUUUUUCUGUAAAUAAAAUAAAUUGAAAAAUGGA